GAGGAAACUAUCGACCACUAUCGUGCGCUGCAGCGCCGACGCAGCAAGGCACCUCCGCAGAACACCCAAUCCACCGGCUGGCAACAUCGGGAGGAGGAGGAGGAGGAGGCGGAGAGAAGACAGGAGGCGACAAGACGCAAACAACAGCACAACAACAGCCAAAAAGAAAAGAGAAGAGAGAUGCUACAGCGAAGUCGCUGCCUGCUCGUGCGGCUUCCAAAGACCCGCCGCCCCCGUGAGCGGCCGUGGGAGAUCUUCAAUACCCGCGACUACGGCUUUCACGAGGGCUCGCAGAACUACUCCAUGUGGUUCGGCACGGCGAUCCUGGUAACGGCCAUGCUGGGGUUUGAGGUCUAUCAGCAGGUGCGGCGAGUACUGCAGCGCGGGGAUUCCUGCCCGGCCUGCGAGGCGGCGCGGGAGCACUACCGCAAACGUGUGGAGGAGCGUGAUAAAGAGAUCGAUGCGGCGCGGCAACAUGACGAGACGAUGCGCCUCUUUCGCAGCUCCGCGCGGAGGUGA